GAGAGAGAGAGAGAGAGAGAUGCUCGAGCUCAAAACCAGCAACACAAAAAGGAAGAGAUGAGCUAUUGAGUCAAGACCCACUUCCAGAGAUUCGUCAGCAAAAUCAAUAAUAGCAAUUCGACAGCUUCAUAUUUUGUUUUUCAAUUCUUCUUUCAGGAUGUUGAGGGAUUUCAAAUUCCUCCGCUCAAAUUCCCAAAAGAAAGAAGAGCCCGAGAACGUGCCGCCGAUGAACCCAAAGGACUUAUCGGCGAACCGAAUCAGCUCCGAGUCGUCUAGAGCUCCAUUUAACCCGAUUCAAGAGCUCGGUCAGCUUCCCAAGCCAGAACAAGAAGUGGGUAUUCGGAGCAGGGUUGAAAAGACACCAACUAAGGCUUCCAAGGCUAAAACUUCUGAUCCCACGUUGCCUCUUCGGACCCCCGACAAGCACGGACCUGGGUUUUCUACCCGGAAACGAUUUGGCUGGGCCCAGAAGACUGAACCCAGUUGUAUGACCACCAGUGAUUCGCAUGAAGAUGGGGCUAAUUGUUCGACCCAAGUGAGCAGAGGAGGGGGUGGUACUGGAAAUGGGGAUUUGGCAAAUGUGACUCCUCGGGUAAUGAGGACAGCUGGGAGGGCUGUUUCGAGUUAUUCGGAGAGUAAUUCAACGCAGACAACACCGACCAAGAGUGUUUCAAAGCCUCCGAAUUCGGGUUUUCGGAAUAAAGUUGAUGGAAGUGUUGGUCCUCGAGGAGGGAACUAUGCCACAAUGUAUAAAGGGAUUCCCAUUUCUUGUGGUCCAUCUACGGUGGUUAAUACAGUGGAAGUGCCUCACUUUGAUCUCAAGGAAGAUCCCUCUUUCUGGAUGGAUCACAAUGUACAGGUUCUUAUUCGUGUCCGUCCUCUCAAUAGCAUGGAGCGGAGUAUGCAUGGUUACAGUAGGUGUUUGAAGCAAGAAAGUGCUCAGACAAUUUCUUGGAUUGGGCAACCAGAAAGUCGGUUCACAUUUGAUCAUGUAGCCUGUGAAACAGUUGAUCAGGAAAUGCUUUUCAGGAUGGCUGGUCUCCCGAUGGUAGAGAAUUGUUUGUCAGGGUAUAAUAGUUGUAUGUUUGCCUACGGUCAGACAGGAAGUGGAAAGACAUAUACAAUGCUUGGGGAGAUUGAAGACUUAGAAACCAAGCCCAGUCCACACCGUGGAAUGACGCCCCGCAUUUUCGAAUUUUUAUUUGCAAGGAUUCAAGCUGAAGAGGAAAUCCGGAGGGAUGAGAAAUUAAAAUACAAUUGCAAGUGCUCUUUCUUAGAGAUUUACAAUGAACAAAUUACGGAUCUCCUUGAUCCAUCAUCUACCAAUUUACUUCUGCGGGAGGAUGUUAAGAAGGGUGUUUACGUAGAAAAUCUCUCUGAAUUUGAAGUUUGUACCGUGAGCGAUAUCCUGAGGCUACUAAUCCAGGGUUCUUCAAAUAGGAAAGUUGCUGCAACAAACAUGAAUAGAGAAAGCAGUCGUUCACACAGUGUCUUUACUUGUGUAAUUGAGAGUAGAUGGGAAAAAGAUUCCACAGCUAAUCUACGUUUUGCUAGACUGAACCUAGUUGAUCUGGCUGGUUCAGAAAGGCAGAAAGAUUCUGGUGCUGAGGGUGAACGGUUAAAGGAAGCUGCUAAUAUUAAUAAAUCACUAUCCGCACUGGGUCAUGUUAUAAUGGUUCUAGUGGAUAUGGCACAUGGGAAGCUGAAACAUGUACCGUAUAGAGACUCUAGGCUAACCUUCCUUCUACAGGACUCACUCGGUGGAAACUCCAAAACAAUGAUCAUUGCAAAUGUCAGCCCUUCUAUCUGUUGUCAAGCUGAAACACUGAAUACCCUUAAGUUUGCUCAGCGAGCAAAGCUUAUUCAAAACAAUGCUGUGGUGAAUGAAGAUGCUACAGGGGAUGUCAUUGCCCUACAACACCAAAUACGGCUUUUAAAGGAGGAGCUUUUCAUUCUUAAGCGUCACAAUGUCUCCCGAUCUUUAUCGUUUGGUUCGACCAAUAUUGAAGACACACAAGUACGAAAAAUUGAUUGUAAUGGAAAUGUAUGUGAAAUGGACCUCGAGUGUGAUGAUGAUUUUCUGGAAAAUGGAUCAAAAGGAACUGUGAGACUUUCCACCAAACAGUUAAAAUCUUUGGAGACAACACUUGCGGGUGCCUUGAGAAGGGAGCAGAUGGCAGAAACUACCAUCAAGCAACUUGAAGCUGAAAAAGAGCAGUUGAACCGUUUGGUUCAUCAAAGAGAGGAAGACACCAGGUGCACUAAAAUGAUGCUUCGGUUUCGGGAAGACAAAAUUCAGAAAAUGGAGUCACUUAUUAGUGGUUCUAUUCCUGUGGAGACUUACUUACUGGAGGAGAACAAAACACUCUCUGAACAGAUUCUGCUACUUCAAGCAAAACUUGAUAAGAAUCCCGAAGUAACUCGCUUUGCAUUGGAGAAUAUAAGGCUUUUGGACCAACUUAGAAGGUUUCAAGAUUUUUAUGAAGAAGGGGAGAGAGAGAUACUCUUAGAUGAGGUAUCUAAACUGCGAGAUCAGUUGCUUCAAUUUCUUGAUGGACACUCUAAGAACCCUAGCAUUCCAAAUUUUAGUAUGAAACCUCAGGAAACCAUGUGCACGAACAAAGAGAAUGAUUCCCUCAAUUCAGAGUUAAAGAAUACUCUCCAUGAGUUAGAGGAAUGCAGGCGGAACUUAAAUAAUUGUAUGGAGGAUAAUGCAAAACUCAGCAGGGAAAUUGAUGAUCUGCGCACAAUGCUGAACAAUCUCAAGCCCCUUGAUCAACAUGGUGGUGUAGCUUUGGAGGUGCACAAUGCGGUUCAAAUUGAGGAGAUAGAACGGAAGGAUGACCCUCUAAGAAAACAUGCGGAAGAGAUUUUGAAUUUACAGCUAGAAUUGGAUAUACUGAAUAUCAUUCUUAAAGAAGAGAGGACUACUCAAGAGGAAAGGGUGUUUUUCUUAAAUAGAGAUCUUCAGCUGGCAAAUGAAGAACUUUUUCUGAUAAGCAAACAACAUGAUGAUGCAAACAGCAAAUUGCAAGAGGCUAAGUCUAUUAUUGAAGCUCUCGAGUCUCAGCAAAUUCUAUCAAUCAAUGAGCUUGAGGAUAUGAGGAAUAGUAACAAUCAUUAUGUGCAGCUUUUGAGUGAACAGGAGCUUGAAUUGAGGGCUCUGAAGGAACAACGUAAUUUUAAGGAGUUUAGAGACUUAUCACCUUUGAACUGCUCAAACAAUCAUGACUCGCCAUUACAGGGAAAUUUGAAAAGGAUGCAAGAUUCCCUUGAAAAAGCAAAGAGACUGAAUACGUGGUACCAAAGUGAUCGUGCAUUUCAAGUGUCAAAUGAAGAAGAAAUGGAUGAAGUCCGCAGGCAGGCUGAGGCUGAAACUGCUGAGGUGAUUGUCUGUAUGCAGGAAGAACUUGGCAUGCUUCAGCAGCAAAUUCAUGAUAGCCAUUUGAAAGAAUUGGAGAUGAACAAAAAUGUAAUGAUUCUGGAAGCUGAACUGAAGGAUGUGCGAGGAAAGUUGUACAUGUUGAACAAAGAUAAUGAAAGGUUAGGUAAAGAGCUUGAGGAGAAAGAUGGGGAAGCAAGAACAUUAUCAGAAGAAUGGGCAUUAUUGUCCAGUGAGAUUGAAGAAGUUCUUUCUGAUGGGUGUGAGGUACUAGAUGGUGCCUCUGAUCAACUUGACCUUAUAUCCCAUUCCUUUCCGCAGAAAAGGAUUUGGAUUUCGCAACAAGUUGGAAGAAUUGUACAAACCAUCUGUGAAAAGGAAUUUUUGAUUGAAGAAUUGAGGAAGUGUUUAGAGGAUGCGAACAACAAGAAAAGUGAUGUGGAGUGCAUGCUGAAGUCUUUGAGGAUUACAACGCAGUUGAAUGCAAAGACAUCUAAAGUGGAAAAGCUGGAGAAUAGAGUAAAGCUGCUUGAAGAUCAGAUAAGAAAAACAUCAGUUUGUGCAACAGGUGCUUUCGUUGUUGUGAACAGGUUAGAAGAGAUGAAACUUGAUUAUGAAGACGCUUUAAAGCAUAAGAAUAUUCAGCUUAGUGAAUCAGAAAACUUGAUCUCGAUGAAGGUUGCCAUUCUCAAUGAUCAGGCAACUGUGAUAGCAGAAGGAGAGAAAAAAAUUCAGUCUCUAAGUGGGGAAGUUGAAGAGUGGGAGAGAACCUGCACCAAUCUAAGGCAGGAGCUUUCUGAGGAGCGGCAACGUGCUUGCACUAUAGAACAGAAGCUUGAAGAUGUUGAAGAGAAAAACAUUUUGAUGACAAAGGAGAAACUAGCUGAGCUAAAAACUGGUGUAUCCACACUCAGGUCAUGCAUGAACACACAUGCGGAGCAUCAUACAAGUUCUGAAAUGAAGAAUUCACAAGUAUCUUGUAAGACUUCCAAAGGAGAAGGAGGUGGAUGGAUAGCUACGGGAACAAUUAUAGACCAGAAUGGAAACAAACAGUUUGUUGAAGACCGAAGAGAUGAUUUAUCUGAGUGUUCUCUUGAAGCCAGGAAGAGUAUUAGCGCUAAUAUAUGCACUUGGGAAAAUUUGAAGUCUGACAGACCUUCCAAGGAAGUGAGUGGUAGAGAUGUUACCAUUAUUCUUCUGAAAAAGGAAAUAGAAGCUGCCCUUGAUAGCUUAAAAGAGGUACAGGCUGAGAUGGACAAACUACGUGAAGAGAACAAAGCGAUGUGCAAGUCCGAGCAACAGAGUCGGGAAAGCAUGAAAUAUCUCAUAACUCAGGUCCUUAAUCUGCAAUCAACCAUGAAUAACUUAGAAAGGCAAUCGAAAGUGAAGUUGGAAGCUCACAAUCAUAGACUGGAAGCAUUUCAACAGAUUUUGCAGGAAGCUGGCUCUCACUGGUGCCAAACAAAAGAGCUAAUGGAAAUAGAAUUUGAUGAUGCAAAGUUAGUUGCAGAUCAGAAAACUGCUGAGGUCUCUUGCAUUCUUCCUAAGUUCGAAGAGGCUCAGGAUAUCAUAAAGGAAGCAGAUAUUAUGAUCAAUGAACUGAUGAUAUCAAAUGAAACAAUGAAGCUUGAAAUAAAAAGGCUGAAGAAAAUGGAAGCCUCAGUAACGAGUGACAGGGAUAUGUUACUAAAUGAGGUUCAAAGCUUGCAGUCCAUCAAUCAUCUGAGCAAUCAACAAUUUGCAGAAGUUGAAGAGUUGCUUGCCUCAGAUAUAAAGGAAACAAAGGCUCUGGUUGUAGAGCUGGAGGGCAUGCUUGCAGAGGUCCAGGCUAAUUACAACGAAAAUUUCAUGCUUUUAGCCUCUGAUUUCCGCAGUGUGAAGUCUCUGCUUUCAGACUCCUCAAAGUUGGUUCGUUCAUCACUUGAGGACAUCUGGUCUGAGAUAAUUGUGAAGGAUUGUGCAGUUUCAGUUCUACACCUCUGUCACAUGGGACUUUUGCUGGAAACAGUGACUGGGCUGAAUGCAGAGAACGGUCUGCUUCAACGUGGACUUUGUGAAUCAAGUUCUUGUAUAGCUGAUCUGAGGCAACACAACAUUAGGUCAAAAAGAGAGCUCGAGAUGUGUCAGAUUCUAAAGGGGAAAUUACUGACCGACAUUAAGAACAGUUUUGAUCACAUCACAAGGAGAGAAGAGGAAGCAGGGAAGCUUAAUAUGAAGCUCAACACUUUCGAGGACCAGAUAUCAGAACUUAAGUUUCAAGAGGAGUUAAUGCUGCAAAGGUCUAAUUAUAUGGGAUCUCAGCUUGCUAUUCUAAUGAAAGAGUUCGAUUUGAGCAACUCAAAUUUUGGUACAUCCCUUCUGGAUCAAGAGAAAUUUCUGAAAGAUAAAGAGGAGGCACUUGAAUCUCAAGCGGAGUGUUUCAUGAUAGAUUGGUGUGUGAAAGACUUUGAGUCACUUAUCUUGACAUCAGAAUUAGAAGAGAUGGCUAUGCACAAAGUUGAUAUGGAGAGAGAGCAUAUCACUUGUUGUGUGAUGCUUGAAGAUUUGAAGAAAGAAUUAAUUCUUUCAAAGGUUGAUGCACUGUUGAAAGAACAGUCCUUACUCGAUGAAGAAGUUGAGUUUGCUCAUCUGCAAAAGGAAGCCCAAAAGGAGAGGCAGGAUUUGUUGUCACAGCUGAACCAAAGAACUUUAAGGAUCACACAAAUAAAUGAAGUGAACAAGGCUCUUGAAAAAGAUAUUCAGUUGCUAAAGGACGUUGCUCUUUCAAAUGAUGCCUUGAAAGGUGAACUUGGUGAAGUUAAGCAAACAGAGGUGAAGCUGUCGAGCCACGUUCAGGCACUAGAUGCUGAAUACCAAAAACUACAAGAAGAUUUAAAAAUGAAGGAAAUGAACUUAGAACUUUCUGCCCGACAGAUUUCUGUCCUUGAUCAGGACAACCGAAGGUUGCAGAAUGAUAUUUGCAUGUUGCAAACCUCAUCAUUUGGACUUCAAGAUGCUGUAGAGAAGAAAGAUGCCGAGCUGAGCAGAUUGAGUCACUUGGAGAUGGAAAAUGAGUCACUUAAAACUGAGAUAGGGAAGUUAAAUACAGAAAACAGCACGACCCUAAAAAAUUUGGCAGAGAAGAAUUCUGAAUUUGCAUCUUCAUUAAACCGUAUAAAUGUCUUUGAUAAAGAAAACUGCAGGUUACAAGAUGAAAUUAUCUCGUUGGAGAUUCAUAUUACUAAUCUGGAGACUAAUCUAAGGGUGAAAAGUGCUGAAUUCAAGGAUGAAUUCCUCACCAUGUCAAAUGUGAACAGUAAGAAGUGCAUUAAUUCAGUGGAAACUGUGGAUUCAGUGAGUAACAUAUUACGUAAUAUUUUAAAGGGCGAAGGUUUCAUCAUUGUGGACAAAAUGUUUCAAGAAAUAUGUGAAACUGGAGAGAGAAUAUCUGAGUUCAUAGAGCAGGUCGAUUGCUUAGAGAGCCAUGCUAAGGAGCUGGUAUCUGAAAAUUUGUCUCUUCAGGCUGAAUUACUAAGGAAGGAUGACGUUCUUAAAGGAUUGUUAUUUGAUCUGAGCAUGUUGCAGGAAUCUGCAUCUAAGAAUAAGGAUCAACAAGAUGAAAUUGAGGCUUCUUUGGAGGCUUUAGAGGAUGAGCUUUCAGCAAAAUCAUGCGAGCUUGGUCAGGCCAUUGCUAACAGCCAAAUGCUUGAAACUCAACUGCAGGAGAAAACAGACGUAAUCUCCACUCUUGAGUUGGGUAUAUUGGAAGAGCGCGAGUCUGUAAAAUUGCUGUCCAGUGAAAACCUGGAGCUGAGAGCUCAUAUGGAAGAUGCUUUGGAAGCAAAGUAUUCUGUCGAGAAGGAGUUGACAGAGAGACAGAAGAUAACUGAGAGCUUGAAAAUGGAACUCCUGGAAAUGAGUAAUGCUCUUGACCAAAUGAAUAACUCGAAUGAAUCCUUGAGGAGCAAUAUGCAUGAACUUGCUAGUGAAAAGGAUCUUCUUCACAUUGAGAUGCUUAAGUUGAAGGAAAAGCUCGAAAGAGAACAAGCACGAGCGGAUGAAAUUGAAGCAAUUGCAAAUGAAGCUCAAGAGAUAGCUGAAUUAAGAAAGAACUAUGCCGACGACAAAGAGGCAGAGGUGAAGCUCUUAGAGAGGUCUGUUGAGGAGCUUGAACGUACUGUAGAUGUGCUGGAAAACAAGGUUGAUAUUGUUAAGGGAGAAGCUGAACGACAACGGCUGCAUGGAGAAGAGCUUGAAUUGGAACUUCAUGCUGUGAAACAUCAGAUGCAGAAUGUUGAAAAUGCUAAUGCUGACAUGAAGAGAUAUUUAGAUGAGAAAGAGAAAAGCCUUCAAGAAGCCCUACAGAACAUACAAAUACUUGAGAAGGAUAUAGCUGAGAAGGAUGCAGAGAUUGCCCAAUUUAAAGCACAUAUCUCUGAGCUGAAUUUGCACGCAGAAGCACAGGCUUGUGAGUACAAGCAGAAGUUUAAGGCAUUGGAAUCCAUGGCUGAACAAGUCAGACCUGAAGGCCAUUCCACUCAUGCCACAAGUUCAUCAAACAAGUCAGAGAAAAAUGCCACAAAGUCUAGAGGCUCUGGUUCCCCAUUUAAAUGCAUUGGCUUGGGCUUGGCACAACAGAUAAAAUCUGAGAAGGAUGAAGAACUUACAACCUCAAGGGUCCGCAUUGAAGAGCUUGAAUCCUUAGCAUUAAGUCGACAGAAAGAGAUAUUUACUUUGAAUUCCAAAUUGGCUGCUGCUGAAAGCAUGACCCAUGAUGUAAUUCGGGACUUACUGGGAGUCAAGUUGGAUAUGACCACUUACGUGUCACUAUUGGAUAAUCAACAAGUGCAGAAAAUAACAGAGAAGGCCCGGCUUCAUAGUGUGGAAUCCGAAGAAAAGGAACAGGAGGUAGUUAAGCUGAAAAAACAGCUGAAUGAAUUCAUUCAGGAAAGACAAGGGUGGCUCGAGGAAAUUGACCGAAAACAGGCUGAACUCAUAGCUGUGCAAAUUGCUUUGGAAAAACUUAGGCAGCGAGAUCAGUUUCUAAAAACUGAAAAUGAAAUGCUGAAGGUGGAGAACGUAAAUCAUAAAAAGAAGGUGAUGGAACUUGAAGGGGAAGUAAAUAAGCUGUCUGGUCAGCAAAACCUCCAGCAGCGGAUUCAUCAUCAUGCAAAAAUCAAGGAAGAAAAUCACAAACUAAAAGUUCAGAAUGAAGAACUAAGCACUAAGCUCCGGCGGACAGAAGUUAUUCUUUCACGUGUCAAGGAAGAGCUUGCUCGCUUUCGUGCUUCCUGUGGGAGGAAUCCUUAUGUUGAUUUUGAUGAAGAGCAACGAUUGAGUGCCAAACUGGAGGAAACUGAGGAGGAGAAAUUGCAACUAGCACAGAAAUUGUUAGGGCUGUGUACUAGUGUUUUGAAGGCUGCUGGAAUAACAAAACCAUCAACCCACAUAAACCCAUCCGUUGCUGAAGAGGCACUCGAGCAAAUCAAGAACAGGGUUACUUCGAUGGAUAGAGAAUUGCAGGAUUUGAAGUAUAAGAACAAAAUAAGCAGUGAAAGAAUUCGACUGUCAGAGCUCAUAGCUUCACCAAUAAGCUCAAGGACGGAUGAGAAUCGUCAAACUCCGAAAAGAAUGUCCCAAGCUCCAUAUUUUUCUCCCUUAGAUCGAUGACUUUAUUCUUUGAUGUAAAGAAUCAGAGUCUGGUUAGCUUUCUGCUAAUAUUUAUAUGUAUACAAGUUCUGUCUUUCUAAUGUCUAAAAGCUUUCAUUCUCAGCUGUAUAUUAUUCUUUUGCGGUUGUGUAAAUAAAACAGAUGUGAAUACA